ACAGAGCUGCCAAUUCUGAAUCAAAUUUUAAACGUGAUUUUCUUUUGGAUCUUUUUUCUUUUGUAGUCAUUAGCCUGCACAGCAUUUGAAUGGGCUUUAGGGCACAAACUGUAUGGGAAACACCAGUUCUGGGUCAAGAAAGACUGAUCAGCAACAUAGACUGAGAAAACCCCUCUGACUCAAAAUUCAUAAUGAGGGCUUUUAUGUAGAAAGUUGUUGGGCACGGGGAUUGUGCCGAAUGGACUGUUCAUUCAGACUCUUGAGAGCUUUUCUUGGAAAAAUAUCAGAUGCUCCUCUGGGAACUUAGUUGAAAGCUGCUCCUGAAGCAGGACUGUGGACUGGCAGUAACUGGGAAGGACGGAUUGGAGGGAAAAUGGAGAGCAAUGAAGGAGUGAAUGCUGGAACCAUUUUUUCAUUGGAGACAGGCCACAGGAAUUCAAGUUUUGGCCGAUUCCCCACUUUCUGCUAGACUUUGCACUGGUGUGAAGUUUCCUCUGUGUUGAGCAUGGCCCUGACGUGCCUGCGGCCCCUGCUGAGGUACCGCUCCUUCGCCAUCCUCUGCCUCACGCCGCUGCUGCUGCUGCCGCUGCCGCUCGCUGUGCCCACGCGGGAGGCCAAAUGUGGGUAUAUCAUCAUCAUCAUGGCUGUGUACUGGUGCACUGAAGUGAUCCCCCUGGCUGUCACCUCCCUCAUGCCGGUGGUAUUUCUCCCUCUGCUUGGAGUUCGGAGCGCUAAAGCAGUGUGCUUGCAGUACCUAAAUAACACAAACAUGCUCUUCUUUGGAGGGUUGAUUGUUGCAAUUUCUGUGGAGCAUUGGAAUCUUCACAGAAGGAUUGCACUGAAGAUCCUUCUGUUACUUGGGGUGAAACCUGCGCUCCUCAUGCUGGGAUUUAUGAUAGUCACUGCCUUCCUGUCCAUGUGGAUAAGCAACACAGCUACCACUGCCAUGAUGAUUCCCAUUGUCCAGGCUGUCCUGGAUCAAUUGGACAGCACAGAGCAUGAUAUGACCGUGAUGGAACAAGCAGCUGGGCAAACAAACACAGUGAUUGAGCUGGAGGAAAAGAGCACACCAGAGUCCACUGCAGCCAAUGCUGUAAGCAAUGAACAAGUCCCUGAUGACCCCAGAUCUUCUGAGGAAAAGAAAAAGUGGAAGCAUGUAUGCAAGGGAAUGACACUUUGUGUAUGCUAUGCUGCCAGCAUUGGAGGAACUGCAACACUUACUGGAACAGGACCAAAUGUGGUACUGAAAGGCCAGAUGAAUCAGAUAUACCCCGACAAUAAUGAUAUUGUGAAUUUUGCUUCCUGGUUUGGAUUUUCAUUCCCAAACAUGGUCCUGAUGUUGGUGCUAGCUUGGCUUUGGUUACAGUGCUCCUUCAUAGGACUCAACUUAAAAAAAAGCUGGGGCUGCGGGACAGAGAAAACUGCCAAAGACAAAGCUGCAUACAAUGUGCUGAAGGAAGAGAUGAAGAAGUUAGGCCCUGUCUCUUAUGCUGAAUUAAAUGUCUUCCUCUUGUUUGUAUUGCUGGUGCUCUUGUGGUUUACCAGACACCCAGGCUUUAUAAAAGGCUGGGCCUCCUGGCUCUUCAAAGGAGGAGAAAAGUAUAUCACUGAUGCUGUUCCUGCUAUGUUUGUUUCCCUGUUACUGUUUAUCCUUCCUGCUCAAAAGCCCAAAUUCACAGCCUGGAAUCCAAGCAAGUCUGACUCGGAGCAGACUGAAGAAGCUAUGAAGCCAUUUUUAUCAGCCCCGCUGCUAGACUGGAAUGUGGUCCAAAGGAAGAUGCCCUGGAGUAUUGUGCUGCUGCUGGGAGGAGGUUUUGCUUUGGCUGAUGCAAGCGCAAACUCUGGGCUCUCAGCUUGGCUGGGUGAUCAAAUGACUCCAUUAGGAUCUAUCCCACCAUGGGCCAUUGCAUCAGUGGUCUCCUUUACUGUAGCUGUCUUCACUGAAUGCACCAGUAACGUGGCCACAGCUACCCUCUUCCUGCCUGUUUUUGCCUCCUUGGCUACAUCUGUUAAGGUCCACCCUUUGUAUGUUAUGCUGCCUGCUACCCUCAGUGCUUCAUUUGCCUUCAUGCUACCUGUUGCAACACCCCCAAAUGCAAUAGUGUUUUCUUACGGCAGCAUCCGUGUUCUUGAUAUGGUUAAAUCUGGAAUAAUAAUGAACAUCAUUGGAGUCCUCAGUGUCACACUGGCCAUCAACACAUGGGGAAGACCUAUGUUUGGGCUGGACACAUUCCCUGCCUGGGCAAACAGCACAGCAAAACAGUGAGCUGUGAAGAAUUCGUGUGUUAAACAAGUGUUUGUCUGAAGCUGGAAGAGUGCCGCGGUCACAGAAGUACAUGUGCCAGUGCCUUCAACAAACCAGUCUUUUUACACGAUUUCAUCCAAUCUGCAGCUUACUUCAGUGGUAUUCAGCAUCUGCAGAUAAGUGGUUCCACCAGGACUGUUAUUGGCUGCCUUCUGAAAUGCACAUUACCUGCCAGUUUCUUGACCUCAAAAAAGAGAACUUAGUGAAGAGUUAAGCCUUUAAUUAAAUAUGUUCUGACAAUUGUUUUAGUCACUGAAAACUAUGAUCUUGUUUAUAUUGAAUUACAAUUAUAGCAUUGGAGUAAAAAAAUUGCAGACUUUGUGCUGGUUUGUUAUAAAUAUAACAUAAUGCAUACUAUGCUCUCUGUUAUUUAACCAUAUUUGAAGCACGAUGCUCUCCAGUCUACAGGAGCUGUCUUGCGUUCUGUGCUGUGGGUAAAAUCCUGUCAGCUCUUGUCCCUGUUAAUAUCAGUUUGCAUUCUAUUCCAAAGCAAUGGGUAAAUGGGUGAAUGAGAGGGAAUGUCUUGGGUUUCAUGCACUGGUGUAAAAAACACUUCCCUGUUUCAUCUCACUUGAUGGGUUUUCAGUAAUGAAAUUGCUGGACCUUCUUUUCUCUCUGGUACAAAUGCACUGCACUAUGGUGUCAUAGAGGAGCCUUUACAGCAUUUCACUUCCUCAGUGUUUACCUUCAAGAUCCAGCAGCAUGCCAGACAAGACUUUAUUUUCUCAUGUUUUUCAUAAGACCUUAGUGGCUUCAGGUCUCAGAAGUGGCUCCAUUGAAGAGCUAUGUCUCUAUGUCUGUUCUAGUGAGUUAAGAUAGACUUUAUGUCCUAAACCAUCACAUUUCUGGGCAGGCAACAGCAAUGAUAGCCGUCUAGUCUCUCUGAAAGGAGAAACUGAGGCAGCAAUGUCAUCCUGGUUCUAUGACAGUAGGACAAAUUCCUGGCUGACAUUUAUAUUAACACAUAUCCUGCAAGUUUGGCUAACCUGACAUUUAAAAACAAACAAACAAACAAAAAAAAAAAACCAAAAAAAAAACCAACAAAAAAUACAACUUUUCUUAGAGAAUGUUCUCAGUAUACUAAAAUCCUAAUUUUCAAUUUUGUGCCUACUUUGAAGGGCAAGAAUUGAGAUGUUUGACUUAACUCUGGCAAACCUACAUAGUAAUUUAUUUUUGUGACCAAACCUUUUUUAGGAUUCUCUCCUCUGAAAUCACUCUUGGGAGAGAAAUCCUGUUCUAGAAUAGCAGUGCAGACACGUGGGAUCUAUUUGAUCUCUUCUUUUAGCUCAAAGUCUGUAUUUACUGGGGAGUGACUUGUUAUGUUUUGAUGUAGUAAUAGUAGUAUUCGACAACCACUAAAAUGUUGUCUAAAAAAGCAACCUUUUUUAUUAAGAAAAAACUAUGCCUGGAUCAUUUUUAUAUGGUUUUUGUAAUCCAAUUCCCAGGGAAAAUAAUCAUAUUACAUAGGAAAAGAUAGUAUUAUAGAAAAUUGCUAAGUUGGAUGCCAAAAAUACUUCAACGAAUGAAAGUAGAAAAUAAUUAAAUGAAUGACAAAAAAAAGGAAGACAUUAGAAGGGUUUCAGGUAAGUGUAAAGGUUGCUUUUACUGCUGCUCACUCACGGAGCAUUUGCUUAUGAAUGGUUUUACUCUGAGACAACUGUGUUCCAAUUAAUGAAGAAUUAAGUGCAGAGGUUGACAGAAAUUUCCUUGGCUGACUGUAAAGUCACUAUGAAAAAUAAAACCCAAAGCUCCAAA